GUGGACCUUCGUGGGGGGGUCGAGAACUUAACUACAAACAAUCAUGGUGCAUUUGCUCCAAGUCCGCCGUUCGACAGUGCACUUGAUGAUAAUCUACUGCCAAUGCGCUCUCUUCUUUUCAGUAAUGGUGGCCAAGCCCCAUUUGCACGUUUCUGAUGAUUUGGAGGACGUGGUUGACGAUGAAGAAGAUGAAGAAUGGAGGCGAUGGGGAAGGUUCAAAGCCUACCCUCCCAAGGAAGAUCCCGACACCUUGGUAGAUUUCUCUGAGAUGGGUGCAAAUGAACUCGUUCCACGAUCUCAAGGAAGAGGUUCCAUCUGCUUCGCAAAGCUUCGUGGAGACUUCGCGACGAAGGAGGUGGCUCAAGCUGUGGGCCAAAGGUGGAGCAAUAUGAUGAUGAGCGGAGGGUUAUAUCAUAAGUCGUAUGUCGUCGAUAAACACACCGUGGCUUUCACGCCUGAAGACUCAGAUAUGGUUCAUGAGAUGAAACGGUUUCUGCUGCUCCAGCCGGAGCAUUUGAACAUCAUGGUGCCUCAGACAGCGUCGUAUUUUUCCAAUGUCAUAAUUAUCCUAAUCAUCAUCACCAACAUCUUGUUGGCACUUCCAGCUCAUUCGACAUUGAAACUGGCAACGGCAUUGGUGGACCAAAGGCAUGAUGUGCAACAGCUGUCUGACGUGUCAGUCUUGCAUUCAUCCUCUCCGUUCCAGCUCAGCUCUGAUGCGCUCUCUGGUAAUUGGCAGGUAGAGGUUCCGCCUCCUCCUCCCAUUCUACCGAUCCCGACGGCAGGUCAGCUGGCAUGGCAACGACGCGAACUUUCUAUGUUUAUUCACUUUGGAUUGCAGACCUACGGGACAGGAGAUCAUGGUCGGGACCCCCCUUACCUGUUCAACCCGAGCAAUCUGAACACAACACAAUGGGUGGAGGCUGCACGUGCCGGAGGCUUUAAGACCGUGGUUCUGACAGCGAAGCAUGCAGAUGGCUUCUGUCUAUGGCCAAGCAAGUACACAAGGUACUCUGUCAAGUCCUCGCCAUGGCGAGAUGGGCAAGGUGAUGUGGUCGCGGAGCUGGUGGAUUCGGGAAAGAAGCUGGGGGUGCGAGUUGGGCUCUACGUUUGCCCGCACGAUAAUCACGAGUUUGCCUAUGGUGAUCUAGCAAGGUACAACGAGCAUUUCAUGGCUCUGCAUAGGGAGGUGAUGACCAAGUAUGGACCCAUAGCAGAAGACUGGUACGAUGGUGAUGGGGGCCAGUACCCCUACAGCUUUGGCAAGUUCUGGGCCGUUGAUCGGCAACUGCAACCAAUGACUCAGAUCUUCUCUGACGCUGGGCCUGACAUACGUUGGGUAGGGAAUGAGAGAGGAGAAGCGGGUACAACCUGUUGGUCGAUGAUUGACCGCCACCGGUUGCAUGCUGGGACUGCUGGUGCCACUGACGCCAUAGCCAAGUACCUUAACGAAGGAGACAGAGACGGACCCCAUUGGUGUCCCGCUGAGUGUGACGUGUCCAUUCGAGAAAACUGGUUCUGGACAAAGGGUGACAGGCCGAAGAACCUAAAUGAGCUUGUCGACAUAUACUUUGCCUCAGUUGGGAGAAAUUGUGUCCUGCAGCUGAAUGUGCCUCCUACUCCAGCGGGCCUUUUCGACCUCGAGGACGUCUCAGGGUUACAUCAACUUCGAGCUGUUUUGGACUUCAUUUUCUCUGAGGACUUUGCCAGGGGCAAGCCUGCAAAUGCCAGCAGUGUAUGGGGGGCUACCCGAGCCGUCACCUCGGUUGCUGGGGCAGAGGGUGCAGCGGGUGCUGCUAGUGCUGCUGUUGCAGCCUCAGCUUCAAGUCUUGAUUUCAGUGCCAGGGCCCAGAUCUCGUUCGCUGGCAAAACAAAAGCAAGCACAGUUACGGGGCUGGGUGGUAUCAAGUCCAAGCCCAUCAUUUCCCGUGUUGCAGCUGCAGUUGGCGGAGAACCAAGCUUUGCUGAAGACAUCAGCUCCAAGCCACGGAAGAUGACACCUCCCGGAAGCAACCUGUUGCUCAGCAAGGCCACCGCUUCAUCUGAUGGUAAUGCCUCUGCCACAACCUCGAGGCUCGCCAUUGGCAAUAGGCUUCGGAAGCUAUUGUUGGCUGCAACAACGGGAAGCAAACAUGCAUUGGCUGAUCGUAAGUAUAGUGUCAGUAGAAGCUUGAGAGAAUUGCCAGUGAGCAUUCGACGAAGGUUACCCAAGUCUCCCACAUCCUCAUUGUCUUCAUCCUUACCUGCAAAGAAAGUCAGGAAAAGCUCAAGGCAUCAAAGCAGACUGAAACUUCUUCAUGGAAGUGAUGAGGAGGUUGUUGAACGGCUUGUUGCGGACAUCAUGAUGGAUAAUCCAUCACCCUCUUCGACUAGUAACAGUUGUAUUAGCAGUAGCAAUUGUCUUAAUAGUGGUGGUGAUCGUGGUAAUACAGAUGCUGAUGUUGAUAGUGAUGAUGCUGAUAAUGGUGGUGGUGGUGGUAGUGAUGGUGAAGAUGAUACGAGCAAUUCAAGUGUUCAAAACGUAGCACUUAACCUCCCACGAAGAUCAUUCAAGUCACGGUCAUCAUCCCCCUUGUCAUUUGCACAAACGUCAUCUUCAGCGGCUGGCAGUCAUGGCGUAUGGAGCUCAAGGGCGACAACCGAGAGUGGCAACCCGGCCAGCAGAACAGGGAUAACAGCAGGCGGCGUGGCGCAUAACGUACCCAUAACCAUCGUUCAACGGUGGCAUUCAUUAUCCCCUUAUGGUGCUGACAAGGCUGUGGAUAACGACCUGGAAACGUAUUGGGCAGCUGAUGAGGGAGAGACCACAGGCACCCUGGAAGUCGAUCUGUGUUCACCGACCGUGUUCAAUGUGGUGCGGAUUCAAGAACCUAUACAGAUGGGUCAAAGAGUAGGAGCGUACCUGGUUCAGGCUUGGGUGGUGGACGCGACUCCAAGGAAUCAGACGGAACCGGAUGGGAGGAUCACAAAGGACGUCGGCGGCGGCGGCGGACAAUGGACGAUCGUAUCCUCCGGAACUACGAUUGGUCACAAGAAACUGGACAGAUUGACGAGUGUUGUGAACGCUACCAGGAGCAUGCUGUCAUUUGCUCACGAAGGAAGUAAGGAUGCAGAUGGAAAUCAUAGAAUCGUAUCCUAGCAGCGAUGCAUGUCAAAAGACACUCCCAAUUGACACCCUCUACUACCUACCACCAUCUCAUUCUUUAUUAGUUGUAUGCAGUUAUGCU